AUGAAUCCAGAAAAGAAAUUGACACUCAACAAAAUAACAUUAAAUCGACCCCUACAAAAGAUUGGAUUACCACCAAAAAUCACCCUCAAUAAACAACUUGAUUCUAGACCCUAAAGUUCAAAAAUUGAUAUUCAAUCUGUUAAUAUAAAUUGGCUAGUCGAUAAUAUAUAAUAAGAAAAUAAGUUAGAAUGGAUAUAAAAAUGUUACGUCUUUUUUAAAGAUUGGACCCAAAACACAGAAUGCAAUGAUUAAGGCAAAGAACAAAUAUUAAAAUAGAGCAUUUAAUUAUUAGACUACAACGAUCUGCAAGUUAGAUUAUACGCAAUCAAAGCAGCAUUGUUUGGAUUCACUACCUUAAAUUUAUUAGAACUAUUAUUUCAAAAAUAGCCUAAACCUCUUCUAAGAAGACCAAAAAGCGGUUCCAAAAUUCAAGAAUAACUACCCUCAUUACUUUAUCAACCUUAAUAGGUUUUGGCAAUUCUAUAGAAGACUGCUUAAUUAAGUAAUGAGAAUGUAUUCGUGAAUUUAAUUAAUGACAAUUCUUUAAGUUUUGUUUUGUUUAGAAUAUUGAAACUCUUCACCCAAUUACCAAAGGACUAACCUACUACCUCACAACAAUUACCUUAUUUGAAUUUAAUUUUCAUUAUCAUUAAGAAUAUAGCCAAUAACCAAAAGGAAGCACAAAAAUUAUUAUAACCUAUUUAUAUACAAUUAAUAGAUAGUUAUUUACAUACAUUCCCAUUUGAUCAAACCUAUGAGAAAGACUUGCUAAACUUAUAUACUACAAUAACUGCUACUCUGAGAAACUUGGCUAAUGAAAAUAAUAGUGUGGAGAUGUAUCUUUAGAAUGGAAUUAUUAAAAAGUUAGUCAUCAGUAUGGUUAGCUUCAGUAACAGUUAUGAAUUGAUUUUAAAUACAUUAAGAAUUAUGUCAAAGAUGUCCUUGAGUAAAGAAUGUUGUGAAUACUUCUUGUAAAGUACUGAGGCUAUGCAAAAUAUUUCAAGUUUCUUUAAAACAUAUUAAACAAAUAUUUACAUCAUUAUCAGAGCUUCCUUUUUAUUAGCUAAUAUGACUACAUAUUUUGAGGGAAUAAGAUAAUUAAUUUACUAUAAAUUCAAUCAAUUUGGUGAUAUUCUUAAAUGCUUUGACUAUUAUUGGGCAAAAGAGAUUGCUCCAUAAUAGUUAAAUCAAAUUGAUUAAUUCUCAUAAAGUAGAGCAGCUUGGGAUUUCUAAAUAUUACAAUCAGAAAAAGAUAUUGAUGCUCUCAUCAGAAUCAUUAGAUUAAUUGCAAAUAUAUUGACUAUUGAAUAAAUUGGAUUGGAUAUCUUAAAGAAUUACUCAAAUGAAUACAGAAUAUUAAUAUCAAAACUAUUAAAACUGUUACAAAAGAAUACUGCCAUUUCAAAACAAUAGGAAAUCAUUUCUUGCACUUUAAGUUGCCUAUCCAAUUUAACUUUUUAUGAGAAGCAAACCUUUUUAAAUGAUUUUGAAUACAAAAAUGUUAAAUUUGAAUUGAUAGCUACUCUUGGACACUUCAUCAUUUAAAAUGAAGAUUAGGAGAUUUGUUGUGACGGACUUAGAGUUUUAUCGAAUUUAUCAAGGUAGAAGGAUCUAAUCAAAUAAAUAAUGAAAUCAAGAAUUUCAGAAGGUGUUAUCGUACUAUUAGAUUCAAAUUCAAGGGAGGUUGUAUACUAUUGCUUAGGUGUAAUUCUCAAUCUGUUAUAGGACUCAGAGUUUAAAAAAAAAGAAAAUAUAAAUAUUAUUGAUUAUAUAACUUAGGUUUUGAAUGAUUGUACUACAAACGAAAAUGAUAUAGCUAAUCUUGGAUUGAAAUGCUUAAUUUUAUUAUUAGACUCAAAUUUGAAUUCAGAAUAUGCAACUAAAAUAGAAAAAGCUGUCCAAUCCUUUGGAAUUGUUUGUGAUUAGGUUUUAAAAGUAAAAGAAAAUAACGAACUCUCAAAUACAAGACAAUUAAUCAAUUAAAUUAUCAAUAAUAUUCCAGAGGAAGGUUUUCCAUGUAUGCAACCGAAUUGUGGAAGAGUACUUAAAACUCAAAAAGAAUUAUAAGACCAUAUUAGUAGAAGACAUAAGUUGUGA